ACCGCCAGGACUAGUUCACUUGGCGUUGGCUUCUUUGCUGCAAAAAUUGGAGUGUUGUAAAGUUUUUUCUUCUUCUGCGACGCGGUGAAAAAUCAUUCAAAAUUCCACGAAAACACAACGGUGUGGGUCCAGGGAUGGCUUCCAACAAGGAGAACUCUGCAGCGGAUGACGAUGUGAUCCCUGAGGACUUUUUCGACGACUUCAGCAACACGGAGUUCAUGGCAGGACUCGAUGUGAUUGAUGCGUGGGAUGAGGGAGAAGAUGGGCGCGACAAGAGAGGUCAGCGUGGUUCGAAGAGAGCGGAAGAACGCGAGCCGGAUCGCGAAAGGAAACGUCGGAGGUCCUUGGAGUCUCCCGGCAAGGAACGACGUAUUUCACGUUCCCCCACCCGACGGAGGAAUCGUGAUCCGCGUGAGGACCCCAGGCGACCGUAUUCACCACCCUAUGCUGGGAGGCGCUAUGGACGACCAACUUCGCCCCCGCGUGCAAAUGACUGGAGACGCCCACCAGCAGGACGUCGUUCCAGGAGUCGCAGUCGUUCACGCAGCCGUUCACCACGCGGACGCAGGAGGAGUCCCCCGAAGAAAACUCCCUUCCUGGAGGAAUUGGCACAGAAGCUGGCAGAAAAGGGGCACAGCUUGUCGGGGCUUCAACCCAAUCCGUAUGCUUUUCAGCAUCAAGGCUUUCCGGGGCCCGGAUAUCCACCCAAUGCAGGGGCUCCUGGGUAUCCGUACCCGGUGAAUCCACCGGCACCUACGAUGGUGAUGCCACCGUAUCAGCAGCAGAUGCCAUUGGUUAGCUACCCGAAUUUGCCGCAGUACCAGGGAGUUCCGGCCCCGGAUUUCAAUGGAGCUCCAUGGCCAGGACCACCAGUUAGCUUCCCCAAUGCUAUUAAUAUGAACAUGAUGCCGCAGGGGUUGCAACAGAUGAACAUGGAACCGCAGCCACGGGAACGAGAACCACCAAUUCCGGGUACGAAUCCAGAGCCACCGGAGCCGGUGAGACAGAUGAGCCCCAUUCGACGGGCACCUGAGCGUUUCCAAUUGGGCCUGGCGCAAAUGCUUGAGGACAACUAUGUGGAGGUAAAAGAGAAGAUUGCUGAAUUGACGUCGAGAGAUAGUAUUUUGUUGCGAUGCAAGAAGGCCAUUGAUGCAAUGCGUGGGGAUUCCAAGACCACAAAUGCCUUCAUCUAUGUGCCAAUGAUGAUGCCCAAGGAUGUUGUAGAUGGAUCCCCGGUGGGAAAGUUUCAUCAUCUUACAUUCCCAUGGACAGCAGGUAAGUGCGAAGUUGAAAAGCACUUCGUCACCCUCUCCAGUGCCCGUAGUCGUGAGGUUGCCCUGAAGUUGGGUAUGAGUGCUGCACGAAUUCUCAAUAAACUCAAAGUCCAAGAUGUCCAGGAUAAGAUAUCCAAUACGAGCGCCCAGAAAGAUGCAGAUGUGGGCCUGGUUGCCCAAAAUACAGUGGCCAUUCAAACGGAAGGUUUUGAGUGCCCGAAAUGCUUGAAGAGGGAUCUAACAACAUUCUGGGAUUCUGCCGCUCAAACUGAACCACUUCCAGCAACGCCGACAAUUAAGGAUCUACUUCCCGACUAUGAUGAUAUGGCUAUUAAUAUGAUGAGGCGCUUUGGGCAACAGCAACGGGAUAUUCUAAUCUAUUUUAUGCGCUUAAUUGAGCGUCCGGACUAUGUGACGCCCUACCAUGUUAGCACUCUAACGUCUCGUCUUCAGGAUUUACCCAAAAAUAUGUUUUCGCAGAUACGACAGGCACCGCAGUCAUCGUACAUUGUAGCACCUUCAUCUGAUUUCCGUAGAUUUUAAACAGAUAAAUCUCAAAGCUGUUUUUCAUGCAUAUUGGUAUCUUCUACUAUAAUUAUGGAACCACAAAGGCUCCAGAAUUUCAAUGAAAAAAUAAAUAAAAAUGUAAUUCUUCUAUUGCACCAAA